AUGAUGACCAGUCUGCACUCUUUUGUUUUCGGCAUGUGGUAACCACGUAUUACACGUUGUAGCUAAGUACUGCGAAAGAAUGCUAAAUCGUAAACUUAUCUGUAUAUAAGUUCUAGGAUAGUAUUUUUUCUAAAACUGUUAUUUCACAUAUACACUGGGACGGUGUGCAUAUUAUACAUUUUAUUCAACGUGUGGGUAAUUAUAAAUAAAAUUGUAAUGGUGAAUGCGCGUUUUGUUUGCUCAAAAAGUGAUGGCGACGAUAGUUGGGGUAUAUGGUUUUUACACUUGAAAAGUGCAUAGGAACCAUAUUACUCGUAACAGAAGUGUGAUAGAACAGUGUAAGGAGUAUAACAAAAGCGAGGAACAUUUAUUUUAUCGGUUAUUUUAACAAGUCUGAUGGAAAACAACUUCAUGGCAUUCCAGCCACCGAGUGCUCGUCAAGAACUUGCAAAUCGCAAAAUCUUGGAAGAGAUACAACUGAAGAAACAGCAAAUUCUUAAGCAAGGAGUGGCUCCAAGUUUGAAUUCUCCUACCAUACCACCGUCAUUAUCUGCUGUGGGACCUGCCGUUAAUUUGCCUGUGUUCAUGUCCUCUGAAGCACACAUGAUGUCAUCUUCCCAAAGAGCUGCUCUUCAACAUGCUCACAAUUUAUCUUUUGGAUGUUUCAUCACUCAAGAUUCAUCAUUUGGAAAUCUUAUAUUACCAGUUCUUCCACGAUUUGACGUAAAAUAGCGGCGACACAUAUCAAGAAAUAACAUGGCAAGUGUAAAACUUAAGACUUUGGAACAAUAUCUGCAGGAAGUUGAUAUAUUUGAAAAUCCUAAAGUGCAAUUGGAGCAGUAUGCUACGAUGCCUCAUAUCGGAGCUCGAAUGUUGCAUACAAUCGAGUCAUCCUUUGGUGACAUUGACGGUAAAUUAAUUGCAGAUUUAGGUUGUGGCUGUGGAACUUUGUCAGUUGGAGCAGCAAUGCUAGGGGCUGGAUUGUGUGUUGGAUUUGACAUAGAUACUGAUGCCUUGUCAAUAUUUCAUUCUAAUAUCAAUGAGUUUGAGUUGAAUAAUGUGGAUACUGUACAGUGCGAUGUGGUUAAAUGUUUACCAAACUGCUGGAAGAAACAGUUUGAUACAGUUAUUAUGAAUCCACCAUUUGGAACAAAGCACAAUCGUGGUAUAGACAUGAAGUUUCUCCAAAUUUCCCUUGAUUUAGCAAAUACAUCUGUGUACUCACUACAUAAGACAUCCACGAGAGAACAUGUUCUCGCUAAAGCUGCUGACUGGGGUGUCAGAGCUCAGGUUUUGGCGGAACUGAAGUUUGAUCUCCCGGCAUCAUACAAGUUUCAUAAGAAGCAGUCAGUUGACGUUGAAGUAGACUUUAUUCGAUUCUGGUUUCAACGUCCAGUUAAGAAGUGAUAAAAUGACAGUGAUGAAUAGUUUUGCAUGUUUGAGAUGAUUCUUUAGUUUGUGAUCGUAAUGUGUAAAAUUAUGAAUAAAAUUGAUGUUAAUCUCUGUAUAUAAUAAUCUGAA